UUCUCAUGCUAAAUACAGAGCUUUCAUUUUCAUAGUAUAUGUUCUGUGCUAGAUUGGAUAUGAAAACAACAAUGGCGUAUUCCGUCAAUAUUUCUGUAGAAGCGCCUAUCGAGAAUCAGAUACAAGAAAUCACUUAUGAUGGCCAAGAAAUUUACCAAGCACCUCUUACUUUAUCGGAGAACUUGGCGAAAAUUGCUCAAAAAAUCGACUUUAGUAAGACAAACGGUGAGGAUGUAAAGAAGGAACAAUUGGAAGGUAGCGAGAAGAGCGAGGAAGAGACGAAGGAUUCUGCUUUAUUUCAAUCCUCUUUAUGGCCAUGGGACAGCGUUAGGAACAAAUUAAGGAAUGCCUUGACGGAAGUUUGUGUACUGGCCGACGUACUUGCAAUAGCCAAGGAGAAAAAUUACAUGGUAUUAGACCCAGUACCUCAGGAAUCAGUUGAUGUAAAACCUAUGAUACAGAUAUAUGCUAGGAAAAAAGCGUUAAGUGGAGCGGCGUCGGUUCUCAUGAUGGGCGCUGAGAGACUGCGAAAUUGUCAGGCUGAAUUAGCUAGAACCAGGUCCACUCCUGAUUUUCACAUCGAGUUAUUGAGAUUGCGACAGAAUUGGCGCUUGAAGAAAGUAUCGAACUCUAUCAUUGGUGAUCUCAGCUAUCGAACUGCUGGCUCGAAGUAUACACAAACGGGUAUGUUCGAAGUUACCAAAGCUGAAGAAGAAGAAAGAAGUAGUAAUAGUCCACCAGCGUCUCCUAAUACCGCUAACAGUAUAUCAGGGCAAUCUCACGGCUCCGCAAACUCAAAAGCAUCCGCUUUGCGAGUGACUAUACCCAGCGAAUUACAAGGUGUUGCGUACAUUGAAGUGUUAUGUCAGAAAGAUCAAGAAGAUUUAUGCAAUGCAAAUAUAAGCUUGCUUAAUAGCAAUGCAAAUAAUUCGAAUACUGACAUGCAUUGGCAGCAGAAGUUAGAGGCUGCACAGAACGUUCUAUUUUGUAAGGAAUUGUUUAGUCAAUUAGCGCGAGAGGCUGUGCAUUUACGCGCGCCUAUACCUCACAUGGUUGUUGGAAAUCAAAUUAUGGCUACGGUACUUCCAGGAAUUCAAUUAAUAAUUGGCCUGUGUCACAGCACAGGUAAUGAUAAGAAAUCUACAGCUCCGCCGCCGCACAAGACAGACCAUGAUCAUGUAUUGGAGCACUCUCUGCAUCAAUUGUUACGCGAAGUACAUUACAAUAAUAGUAAUCAUCCAUUUCCCCAUCCCGCCUCAGCACCUCUCGGACCUAGUAAACGCAGAUAUAUAGCUGGCCCUACCGCCGCAGACAGAUACGAGCUUCUAGAAAUGACGAAGAGUCAGACGUUAUUGGAACAAAUUAUCCAACAAGCUCAACAUUUUUUUAUGCGUUUGCGUACAGAAUAUGUACUGGACACGAUAGCGAAGGAGGUGAAAGAUCCACUCAUCGUUUCACAUUGGAAUGCGUUGAAUUCACCGACACAGUCUUGUGUGAAAAUUAAUAUUUUAACGCAUGGAUAUGACAGCGUGUGUCGAACGUCAAUGGUUGUUCACGUCGGUGAAAAGUCGCUGAAGUGUGUAUGUCGUGACGGUAGAGUUAUGCAUAUGAGUUAUGAGCCUCAGGAAUUGAGGGACCUCAUUUUCUGUCAGAUUUAUCAGCAUCAAAUAAGUGCAGUGCAGGCUUUAGCCAAAUGUAUGGGCUGGCAAUUCUUAGCGAAUAGUUCACAUCUUGGCUUAGGUUCUGUGGAGCCUUUGGGAAAUGCCUGUAGCUGUAUUCUAGCUUCGCCAAUUGGUGAUAGAAUGAUAGCUGUACGAUGCGAGCCGCAAACAGGUGUACAAGUCGCCAUUGCUCAUUCUCCUAGAAAGGAUUUCUUUCCUGGUCAGCUUGUUCGAGAGAGAAAGUGGGAGAAUCUGGGAGGCUCUUUCAAAGAAGUCAGAUGGGACAAAAUGGAAGGAAAGAAUUUUCUUAACAAAAUGGAGUUACUUAUGGCUUCUCUAACAAGUUCUUAAAUAUUGCGAACAGUCAAACUUUUAUAUAUAUUUUUUUUUGUUUGGGACUGAAAAGAUUCUCUAUAUUUUUCUAUAUCGUUGAUCUUUAUUUAUAUUCUAUUGACAAAGAAAUGAAAUUACUGUUGUUGCAAAAAUCAAUUUAAAGUAAAAAACAAAAACAAACUUUUUGUUCUAAAUUGAUUAUACACAGCUUUAUUCUAUAUGUAUAAAUGCAAACGAUAAAUAGUGUGAAAUAACGAGAAAAAAAAUUAAAUUUGUAAGAAUUAUGGUGAGAAAAUAUAGAAAAUCUUCUCUGUCUCGAGAAAGAAAUAUAUAAAAAUUUGACUGUAUCGGCAAAGGGAAUACGAUGUUUUCUCACGAUAGAAUCAAUAAUUUUGUUUUUUAAAAUAGUUUAAUUAUUCAGAAAAUAAAAGAUGAUUUAUUGAUAAAAUAUUUUUUUGUUUUUAUCAAGAAAGUUUUAUACUAAUUUAUCCAUUCCUUACGCUUUCUAUUUAAUAAAACUUACUGCUAUUAAAAUUUAAUUUUAAGGCUCCUGAGUAGUUAAGAACUUUGCAUUGAUAAUCGCGAUGUAAUAGAAAGAAUUAGAACUAAUAGACGUGGAAAAUGAUAAAA